AUGAGUCCUCUCCAGCUCCUGUUCCAGGCCAGCCCUGCCACCCUGCUCCUGCUUCUGUGCCUGCAGCUGGGGAUCAGCACAGCCCAGGAAGACACAACCCCGCGAAGGGCAAUCAUACUCGAUGUGGACAUGCCGCAGGAAGCAAAACCAGGCGAAGAAGUCACCUUGCAGCUUACUGUUCAGACAGAAUUGAGAGAAUGCGUGGUGAUUAAAACUUACCUCCAAAGCAGCAAGCCAAUUGAUGGUGCCUUCAACUAUAAAUACACCAGUUGCCUCUGUGAAGAUUACCCAAAAAACUUCUACUGGGACUUUCAGAGCGAGGACACUGUAGAAAUUAGAGCUGUGGUUGACAUUAUUGAGGAGCUGAAUAUCUGUCCUGACGAUCUAGCAGUGGUACCGAUUGGAGUAAAUACGUAUUAUUCUGAAAAUACCCUGGUCAUAAAUUAA